AGGACCUGUCCUUCCCCAUGCUGCUACAAUAGCUUUUGGAUGCCCAUUUACCUCACUCAAAAUUAAUCCUUUUCGUACCCGUAGGCAUAAAUCAAUCUUAAUGUAUGGCGAACAAACCUCAGCACUCAAUUAUACUUGGUGACUCAUCUUCUAUAUCUAUUUCUUCUUGUGCAUAGGACAUUGUGAAAUUCGAAAGAAAACGCUAGGUGCCUGGUUCGCGUUGUGGAUCAACUAGUACACUACAAGAGUUGGUGCUGGAUUAUCAAGAUAUAUGCUAGGGUGGCGAAGAAGAUCCGCCCUGUUCACUUUAAAAGUGGCGCCUAUUCAUGCUGAUUCCUGAUUCUGUAUGAUACAUUCUUUAUUCAAUGUAUUCAUCUGUUUUGGAUUUUCUUGUUUUGCUCAACCUGUAGUUGUUUUGUUACAUUUGAUUGAUAAGUUUUGCCUUUGACUGGGUACGCGUAUUCUCACUCUGUUUGUUUUGUUGAAAGAACUUGAGAAUUUGUUUUUUACACUAGUUGCGCGUUCCUUCGUUCCUGGCUUUCGAUUACUGAUUUCCCGGAAUCGCAGAGAGGAAAGCAGCCGUCGAUCUGCAGUUGACGAGAGAAGUGGAUUUGUAGUCGUACAAUAGUCCUGCAUGUGGAUAUCUGCUCUUCGUAUACUACGCACAACCGGCUGCAGCCUGAUCAUCUUCUAGCUGUAUUUGAUGCCCUCCGCUCUGCCUCUACUAGCCUUUUUGAAGCCUCUUUCUGGAACUAGAUACUACAACUGGCACCUGCUCAAGUUUAUUGACUGGCAGGCAGGGCCAGGGCUGGUUCAUAAUUCUGGUGCUCUGAAGUCGCGCAGAACGAAGUUUCUACUUACAUUACGGGGCCGCGAAGGAAGAGAAGAUGGAGCAAGAUCGAGUGCGGUCGAGACUUAGGAGGUUAUCAGACUCCUCAAGACGGCGGCCUGAUAGCUCUGGAGGAGAUCUAGAUGGAAACCUGGGAAGCGAUGACUUCUGUAGUGACGAUGAGGCAGAUUAUCAAGACCAUCUUCAAUCCUCGUCGAAUUGUAAUAAUUUCUUGGAGUCGGAUGAAGAUGCAGAAGCGUUUUCUUCCUCUUCAAAAGAUGUUGAAGGUCGUGGUUUAUCCUCAGGGUCUGCUGGAGCAAGGAAAAGGAGCAGAAAUAUUAGAGAUUAUGAAGUAGAAAGUACUAUGGUCGCGGCUGGGGACGGACCGCAGCAGCCUCCACCAGGGAGAACGAGAGCAGCGAGAGCAGCUCCUCAAGAAAAUGAUGGUUCAAGAAUGGUACAAGCCUGGAGUGAAGUGCUCCCGUUAGACGGUUCGUGGAUGAGUAGCGAUAUGGACCUAUCUGGGCAGGUGGAUGACGAUGAAUUCUGUGAGCUUGACGCGGCAGCGUGGCUCGUGCCUCUGGCUUCCCCUCCGAAGCGAGCGGGAUCCCUUUACUCCCCAAGUGAAUUCUUGAAAGAACGGCUACAGGAGGGAGUAGGAUCUAGUCCAUCCACGUAUUCAUAUGGACUAAAUGAAGAUAUGCAUAGGCUGCAAUUAGAGGGAGGAGUAGAAGGUCGGCACCGUGCAGAUGGUGGAGCUUCAUCCACCGGCGGCGAUUCGAUCAGAUUGGAGGAAGCUGCGAGCAACAGGGCUCCAGUAGCUGCUCUACGUCGAUCGGACACUGCUCCGCCUUCUUUGUUAGCUGGUCGACCGGGGUCAGUGACCGGAACCAGGAUAGACUCACCCAGCAUGGGUCCUGAGAGUCCUACCGCAGGUAUGAACAACCCAGCAGGAGGAAGCGCUAUGUCUAGCAGACGCUCUUUCGGACGGUCGGCGACCAGCGGCGCGCUGCCUCUAGAUGUCGGUCUCGAUGGUACAACUACAGGGGAUCAUGAUCGGGAAGGAGAGGACGGGGAGAGGGACUGGAAAGGCGAACUAAGGGUACGGUUCAAACGUGCGGUCUCCAGUAUGAGCCUGACAGGGUCCGGGGGAGAGGCACCAGGCGAGCCUGGAGGAGAUCUACUAGAGGGAGCCGAUUGGUCCGCUGUUGGCUCCAACAAACAAGGCUCAGGAGACGACUACUCGGACGAGGACAUACCCUUCAGCCGAAAGAGCGACGGUUCUCAGUUUGGAAAAGGCAUAAGUAGCAGUAGUACCGGUGCACGAAGAGGCGGUCGCUGUUGCGACUCUUGUCUUCGGCGUCUCGGCCUGCGGUCUGCUGACAGCGGAGACGCCAGCGUAUCGACGGCCCGCAGAAGAAGUUCACUAAGCAGCAUGGGAUCCUCCUAUAGUCUUGGGAGUCGGGCUAGCCGCAUGGACCCAGCAGAUCUAGCCGGCUUGGCCCAAAAUGCCUCAGGGAUGGCGAGGGGGCUGGCCUGGAUCGGCGCCUCAGACCGAGAAGGAAGUCCAGAGUGGUUUGAGAAGAUGAGGGGCUAUAGUUGGGAGCGUGCCGAAGUAGCCAAGGCUACGUCGAGUACUCGCGCACAGCAGCAGAAGCAAGUGGCGCAGAAAGGGCGCAGUUUCGAUUUUCUUAUUGGAAAGCAGAAAACGGCCAUGCGAUCGCAGUUUCUAGUGGUCAUAUUCAGCUUGACAGUCUGCGUCGGCUUCUUCGCGACCUGCAUGAUCCUUCUUUUUGACGUUGUGGAGCAUAAGAUCGCAGACUUGUGGAGCAAGUAUUUCGCUAAAUGGCUGAAAGCCCUCAUAUUCGGCGAUGACGAGUUGAAAACAGAAGACGGCGACAAGGCGGACGAUUACUUAGGUAAAAAGCUCGUCUUCUGCGCGCAGAUGAUCAUCGGCUGCGCCCUUAGCACUGCCGUAUGCAACUACUUCGUGAGAACAAGCAUUCCGGAGUGUAGCGGAGCGGGAACCGAUGCUGCACGAAUCUCCAUGGCCAUAGCUAGUCCCAUCCAACUCCGCAUUGCCUUCGCCCGUAUCUUCCUCUCCGGCAUUUACAUCGGCAUGGGAAAUCCGUACUCUCUAUUGCUAUUGUAGAUUUUGACUUUUGUCUCUCAUGAGAACAAGUUGUUUCACAAGCAGAAGGACUCGUGUAGUUAUAAUAUUUAUUGAAAUAAUAAUUUCUAAAACUAAAAAGAAUUUUUGCGAUGUUGAUGCAGUACCUGUGGUUUAUGUCGUUCAUUUAGCUGUGCUGGCCAUCCGGAUGAUCAUGUCUUAUUGAUAACCCAAUGGCGCUCAUUCAUGUGACUUGGACUUUUAAUUAGAUUUGAAUCAAAAAAUCAAUGUGAAUUAUCCACACGGCCUCAGGUUGGGUAUGGAGGCACCGAUCUUGCAUAUAUGUGCCGUAUGCGCAAGCGCUAGUCUGGGACUUUUUAUGCAAUACUUUGGCCACUUCAUGCGAUGGGAGGAUCUUGCGACUUGGGUCCUAGUGGGGAUAACAAGUGGGCUCGCAGCUGCUUUCGAGGCACCGCUGGCAGGUACACGGACAGAAGAAAGCUUUUUAUUUUUGAAGACAACUUGUGCUUGUGGUUGUAGUGUGCUAUCGCUAUCUACUAUAACGCAAUUUUUUCAGUCGAAGGUAGAUUCGAGUACCGAUCGUUUCUCGAAAUUCACAAGUUGAAGUGUUGCUGUAGUCAGUAUCUAUCUGCAUCACAUAUCCAAUCUUUUGAGGUAUCACAUACGCCGUGGAGGAGGUGAUGAUGAUGCGGAAGAUCGGACUUAGUGUGUGCUUAAUCGGCAUUGGCGCCUCUGUGAGCACCUAUCUGACCGUGGAAGCGAAGAGCCGUUUCCUGAAUGACUGGCUGCAUGUGCACAACAGCCAUUCGUAUUUAGUGGAGAUGACAGAGACCGAGGAUCCUAACUACCUGCGAAUGUGGGGCCACGCCAUCCUCAUUAGUCUUCUAGCGGUCUUCUUCGCCGAGCUCUGGGCAGUAAAUUUGCUCGCUAUGCGAAGGUUUCUACGAUUGCAAACGCGGCUGUCCAAGUGGAACGCGGCCCUCGCGACUGGCGCGACGUGUGGCGUGUUGGGUUCCAUAGCCUACCUGACUUUAGACGAACCAAGCGUGUGGGGUCCGGGCCGAAAAAUGUUCACGCAAUUGCUCGUGAUUCCCUCUAAGGCAGAGUACGAUCAGGGAGCGCGAAAGAAUGAGAGGAUGCCCACGGAUUGGAACUUCAAGGCCCUGAACGACGUGCACUACGUGGAAUUCAAGGAAUACAUUGCCUACUUCUUCCUGAAGCUGGCGGCUAUUAUCAUGGCGGCGGCCUCCGGUUCACCCGGAGGUAUCUUCUACCCAGCACUGUUGCUUGGUGGCUGCUUAGGAGGGAGCGUAAUGUGCCUGCUGCAGUGGCUCGACGCGCCAGAAAACGCGGAGAACCACCGCAUCUGCAUCUACUGUGGCAUGUGCGGGCUCUUCGUGGCAAUGUUUCGGGUGCCACUCACAGGUACUUGGAAAGAAAAUGAUGAGGACAUUUAUGUUCCGUCGCAGUGUUUGGUAGUUCUGUUAUGUGUGGGCGAAGUCUAUAUCAAGUUGGUUCAAGCUCUCUGAAAUCAUACUCUAUGAAGUUCAAUAAUUUAGAUUUUUUUUAUAACCUUCAAUGAAGCAUCUAUCAGGUAUUCUUGUGACUUUCGAGCUGACUGGCUUGGGUAAGCGGGGUAUGUACGACGCGAGUUUGUAUCCGAUCAUUUUGACAAGUUUGAUCACCUACGUCUGCGCGGAUCACGUCUGCGAGCACGAGCUGCAGGAGCGCAUCGAGAAAAUGGACGGCUUGGACAUCCCUAGACUGUUCGAGCAUGGGCUUUCAGGCCUCGUGAACGAGAAGAUCCGCGAGGUGGAGCUGAAAUUAGCCAAAGAACUGAAAGACAAGGAAAUGUUGAGGCAAAAGCAGCUCGCGGAAGCGCGUGCAAAACCAGCCGAACUACGGGAUCCGGAUGGGAACACCUCACAAAGGAGUGGAACAGCACGUAGGUUUUCCCCGGUCCCCAGCGCAAACGUUAGCAUGUCAGACCUCUCCGUCGUGCCCCCGCCAAUCUCAAACACACCGAGCGAGCUGCAUAUUACACACCUAGCAGAACAACAGGCAGAUUCAAGUGCGGCCCCACCGCCUGCUAUAGAAGCGUACUUUUUUUACUCUUGCUGAACUAGAAACACGACGACUUGUUACUUGUUCGUGGUGCCUGUAUCAAGAGUAUCUCACUUCCUUCAACACUCUUACAACUGCCAUGUUUAUCAUAAGUGACUAGGAAGGUCACACUGAGAUCGCAUCAGGCUUGAUGGUAGUCUUAUUCCUCAGGAGGAACGAUCAUCAGCGUUUCUAUACACUUCUGAACAUUUUCAGGUCUAUAUCUGAGAUCUUAGGAGAGGAAGAAAAUAUGGAGAGAGGCAUGCUUCCGGAGGUGAUUCAGAGGAUAUUUGCUCGUUUCUCGGUCUGGCGAGAUGUGUACAAGACACAAGGUGAGUUUCUAAGAAGAAAGCCGUCAAAGGACGACCUGACGCAAGCAUCACAAGGACCAGCUAGCGGAGUAGCUCUAGAGGGAGCAGGAGGCUCGUCAGGCGGUGCAACUAAUGUGUCGGCUCAACCGGGGCACCUUGGUGGGGAAAGUGGCGGCCAGCUGUCUCCGCCAAGUCCCGGGCCAAGGUCUGCCGGGACAUCAAGUAGUACUGGUAUGCGGAAUCCGCAGCUUUCCACAACGGCUGCCGGCCGAAUAGGCACUAGUCCCAUGGGCAGUCCCAGGGUGACCCCGAAUCAGAGCCCAGGGAACAGUACAGCAUUCGGUAAAAAGUCGUGCCAAAGUCUCAUGUCUUUGCCGAGCAGACCUAGCGGGGCUUCAGUAUUGUCCGACCGGGCGCGGCAGGCGGGAGAUCCAACAAGCUCGGGGCGCUUACCCGCUGCGUCUUUGCAGCGAGAGGUAACCGACGAGGCGGGCAGUGUGCUCAACUUUCGAGGCGGUCGUGGUGCGCAGGGAGGUUCUUCACCUCCUAGUGGUGGCCCACUGUCGACACUGCACGGCGUCUCGGACACGUCAGUAGACAGGGCGGCUGGAGGCUCCGUCACACCUCCUACUUCUUCUGCGGACAGGCAGGAGCUGGCGCGGAAACAGGCGCUGGAGAAAGAGAAAAUGAGGCGGCGAGAAGUGUUGAAGAGCUUUACGCCUGCGCAGCGCAUCCUGUUGCGGUCUUCUGUCCGUGCCAGGACGAUGGAGAAAGUAGAAGCAGGAAAGCGGUUUCAGCGGUUGAGUGAAGCAGGGAACGUGAAGGCCGUGCACCAGGCCAUCCUGAGCGGCUCGCCGUUAGACCUUGUGUGGAUCAGGAACAACUUGAACACAAGUCUUCCCUCACUCUUCAUCCAGCAUGGCAUGCCGAACGCUGUGCUGAUGCUAGUGAAGUACGCGACGUGGGACACGGUGAUCAAGAUAGAAAACGGUGACGGCCUAAACCCACUAGAGGAGUGUUUGCGGCUAUCCCCAGUGGACGCAAAUGAGUUCUUUCUGCAGCUAGCGGAAUUCCCGGAAUUCGACAAAAGCUUCCUCCUUAGAAAAGCCAAGGACACAGGAGACACACUCUUACACACUGCGCUCAUUUACCAGAAUAUGGUAGCAGUUGACGAGCUCCUUGUGGUACUGCCUAUAACUUAAACCUUUAUUUCUUUAUGAUAUUCACUUUUAUUCUUUGAAGGACUUAUUUUUUGAACACGCUGUCAAUAUCAUUCAGGUCCACGACACAUUCUUUUCUCCUCAUACCACAACAGCGAUUGCGAGUAUGCGGCUUGAUGAAGGCGUUCUUUGCCGAAAAGAACAACAAGGGUGAAACUUGCAUAGAAAUCGCGCAAAACAUUUCGGAAUACAAUCGGACGGACGUUUUGAAUAAAAUCGUGAAGAAGGUAGCUCAGCGGCAUCGGAGAGCCGAGAGGCACAAGAUGAUAAUAGCGGUGAACGAGUUUACCAACAAGAUAGCCUCACUUAGGAAGGGUAUGGGAGACACCAAAGGAGGUACUACAGAUGGUACCCUAGCGGACGAGGCGGGAAAUUUGAACGGGGCGCGCGGAGCUUGGGCUAGGUUAAGAAAUGCUAAUCUUGGGCCGUCCGACUCGAGGGACACACGAAAUUUAGCUGCUCCAACGGGACCGGUGGACAUCGUGACCUCCGACGAAUCACGGUCAAAUGGAGAAUCGGCGGCCGACGAAUCGGACUCGGGAGGGUUGUUUACUGCAUCAUCUCCCAAGAAGCCAGCUGCCGUUGACCAUCACUUCACACCAGGAGGAACAUCAUCAGGUAAUCUGUUGGGUGUGCCAAAGGCGCAAAAACAUUCAGGCAGAUCAUGAUGCACAAGUGCUACUUAGGAAUAGAUUUAUUCCUGCUCUUCCUGGUCCCACUCGUGAUGAUGUAAAAGAGUCCUAAGAGUAUGAGUAGUACUAUUAAACUCCCACAACUCGUCCCGCUCUCACCACCCAUCCCUCUCUCCACGCCGUCCUGCUCUCUCCCCACAUAGUGAAGGAGACGCAUCGCUGUCUCCAUAUCCCACUGCGCGAAGCCGUUGAUCAAAGUGAAUCCUCUCUUGAAUCUCGUUAGCUGUACCUUCAUCACUCCUAUUGAUCCAAUUCUUUCGCCCGACAUUGGAGACAAGUGAAUGAUAGAGGAAAAAAUGGUUGUUAGAAAUUUUUGCCUUUGAAAAGUGGUAGAGCCACCUCAAUAGAAGAAACCAAGAAUUGUAUCCAACAUUGUUCAGUUAACGCUGUUGUAUAGAAUUAGUUGUACUUUUUUUAGGCUAGCCCAUGCUUGUAAAAUAUCAAUAUCUAGGAGUGUUCAACGAAUUAGUGCUUUUUGCGCUUCGCUUGUCCACCACAUUCUCAUACAGUCUAUCAAUCCUUGUCCACCACAUUCUCAUACAGUCUAUCAAUCACACUCCUAUCGUAUUUGUAACAAGUUUGUAUGUCACACAUACACAUACACACAUGAAUCUACUUAUCUACUUAUCUAUGUACUUAGGACACUUAAUAUUUCGAUCCAUGUGACCUCUUUUUU